GUUUAUGGCUUCCCGUUGCCUAGGAACGAGUGACAACACUUCCAUUCAGCAGGAUAAGUCGGAACUGUCACUGAAACUAGAGGUUUAUAAAACCUAGCUGAAACAAACGCCGACGAGAUGUCAAUACCCUUUUCAAACACCACCCUUCGGGUCCCUCGGGGCUUUGGAAACCUCCUGGAGGGGCUGGCACGAGAAGUCCUAAGAAAUCAGCCAAAGGACAUCCCGACAUUCGCCGCUUUGUACUUCAGUGCCCUUCUAAAAGAAAGAGAAGAAAGUGGCCUGGAUCCUGCAGAGUGGGGAGCCAAACUUGAAGACAGAUUCUACAAUAAUCAUGCAUUUAAGCAGGAAACAGAGAAGGAAGCAGAUGGCAGCUCUGAGCCACAGCGAGAAGCCGUGGAGACCGUCCCUGAGAACAGUGCUGCUGAUACCCCGGGCUACGUUGAGCAGGAAGUCAUCCAGCCGGUUCACAUUUCAACAGUCUCCUCCGCAAACUUUGACGUCUUAGACGAUGUGCCGGGCGUGGAGUCCUGGGGCGAAGGCGGGACGGGCGGCAAAGCCAGCGAGGACAUCUGCGCUGCCGAACUGGCCCCUUCACCCGUGGCCCCGUACGGAGGAGUCGCAGACGUGGACAUCUGCGCAGAGGGGCUGCGAGUGCCCGGGGGGCUGGGCGAAUUCGACCUCACCACUGUAGUGGGAACUCCCACCCCUCUGCCUACCCCCCUCCCGGUUCCAGAGGAAAUCCCUACAGCAGGGUCUCCAGGAAGCGUUCUGCUGGACUUUAGAGAUGAUGAGGCGGGACAGAUGCAAGAUGCCAUCCCUGGUAACGCCGUUGAGGAAACUCCCCCGAGGACGGACGCAGCAGAACAGGUGAGGGGAGAGGUACCUGAAACGCCAGAGGCUGUGCUAGGACAUGGAGAAGGGCAGGAGGAGAAUGAAGAGGCAGCUGAGAUAGAUGAUGCCAUAAAGUCGGAUCUUCACUUGAAGGGAGGAAACAAAUCCGGAACUGAACUCCAAACAGGAGAGGAGGACCCACCAUUAGGAAGAGCUUCUCCUGGGGAAGAGGACCCACCCUUAGGAAGGGCUUCUCCUGGGGAAGAGGACCCACCCUUAGGAAGGGCUUCUCCUGGGGAAGAGGACCCACCCUUAGGAAGAACUUCUCCUGGGGAAGAGGACCCACCCUUAGAAAGAGCUUCUCCUGGGGAAGAGGACCCACCCUUAGGAAGAACUUCUCCUGGGGAAGAGGACCCACCCUUAGAAAGAGCUUUAGGCUCUGCUAGGGAGGAAGGUAGCACUGAAGAGCAUAAUGAUCCAGAGAGUUUCCAGCCUCAGAAGACCUGUACUGAAGAGGCCAAAGCCACCAACAGAGACACACCUCCCCAGAAUUCAGCAGGAAUGACAAACACCUCUGAUGACAAGGCUGAUGAUCAUGAAGACAAUUCUAAAGAGGAGGCAAAGAUAGAUGCUUCGGUUGCAGAUGCCGAAUCUGAUGAAUUCUCUGUUGGAGAUGUUCAGGCUGAAUCUAAGGAGAACGUGAGCAUAUCAGCUGAGCAACAGGUUGCAAAGGAAUCAGAGCCAGGAAGGGAUGUGGGUUCUGUGGGGAAGGAACAGGGUAUAGAGUCAGAGGAGCAGGAACAGGGUAAAGACUCAGAGGAGCAGAGACAGGGUAAAGAGUCAGAGGAGCAGGAACAGGGUAAAGAGUCAGAGGAGCAGAGACAGGGUAAAGAGUCAGAGGAGCAGGAACAGGGUAAAGAGUCAGAGGAGCAGGAACAGGGUAGAGAGUCAGAGGAGCAGGGACAGGUUAAGAACUCAGAAGAUUUGAACCAAGGUGCAGAGUCAGAGGAGCAGAACCAAGGAGAAGUGUUGAAGGAGCAGGCUCAGAAUUCAGAGUCAGAGGAUCAGACCCAAGGAGAAGUGUUGGAGGAGCAAGCUCAGAAUUCAGAGUCAGAGGAGCAGACCCAAGGAGAAGUGUUGGAGGAGCAGGCUCAGGAUGCAGAGUUAAAGGAGCAGACCCAAGGAGCAGAGUUGGAGGAGCAGGUCCCAGCUGUAAUACCUGAGGUCAACGUGGAUGAAAGAGAACCUAAGGAGGAAAGGGAGGACCUUUUGCAGAACAUGGACAAAAGGAACCAUAGUGACGAGCAGGAGUCAGCACAGCAGGAAGAGGAGAAGGUGCCUGUGGGUGAAGAAGGUGACCACAAGGAGGAGUGCAGCCAGCCCCAGGAGGAGGAGGACGUCAUGGACAUCCCACUGGAUGACCCCGAGGCCAACAAGGCAGCAGCAAAGAUCCAGGCCGGCUUCCGCGGUCACAUGACACGCAAGAAGAUGAAGGACGACAAGCCGCGGGAGGAGGUGAGCAGCAGUCCUGACGAGCUCAGCGGCAGCCAGAGGGACUCAGAACCAGCAGGAUCAGAAGGACUAGCGAGAGACGACCGCUCCGCCUCUGAACAGUGAGGACCCCAGACUGCCAGAGGCCAGCCCACCGACCGCAAUAAACACUCCCCGGCCACACAAGAGCUCCUUCCGACGCUCAAAUCUCCAGAAAACAGUAGAGCUAGAUUUGGAGAGCAGUUUUACUGUCGCACAGCGAACUCUCACACAGCAUGCGUUUCUUAAACUACUGUCGAGGCACUCACUGAGUACAUACUGUGUGAAUAUACGAAAAUAGGGUUUAUUACUGAUAAAUGUUAACAGCAUAAAUGUAAACAUUUCAAAAAUGAUUGAUCAUUUUGGGGCUUCUUACUGGUAAAUGGGUAAGGGUGUAAACAUGGAAAAUGAUUGAUCAUUUUUGUGAUAUUCUGUCUGAUGUUCACUUUGCUAUUUUGAGGCUUAAAUACAAUUAUGCAUCAAAUGAAUAUAACUAUCAAUGCCUUUUCUAAGCUGUGUGAUUUUGUCUUAUCAGUAUAAUGAAUGAAUCCGCUUUCUGUGAGUGUCCCAUAAUGGUAGUCACUAUUAUAUCACCAUCCUAUAUUUAUUCAGUUAUUUGCAUUGAUAAAUAUUAUGUAUUUUUACCUGACUUUUUUGCCAUCUUGUUUUUUUCAAGUGUAUAAAUUUGGUCAUUUACUCUCCAUAACCAACUCCAACAACUUCUGGCGAAAAUGUGUGCUGAGCUCUUUGGCCCAGUUGGCUUUAAGAACAUUUCCUUAAGACUAAAAUAAUUCCUGCAUCAGCAACUUUCCAGUAUAUUAGCAUGCAGUAUGAAACUUUUUUGUUGGCAAAAGCAGAAAUCCAUAUCCAUACAGAAAUACAAUCUUUGAGUUAUCCUGAGUUUUCGGUUACCAGGAAAAGUUUGCCUUCUAUUUAUUCGUUGAUGUAAAUCUGCUGUUUGUGUUAUAGAAGGUGGAUGAGUAUUCAAAUGUGUUGAUUGACUUAGAUUAAGUACGUUGGCAUGCUGCAUGUCUGAUUAUUCUGUUACCCAUGGCAUCGCUGUAAUGCUGUAACAGUUGUGUAAGGUCAAUAAAAGAAUGCAACACAUUA